AUGCCGAGACAAGCAGCCGAUCCAGCAAAGCGCGGCCGCCCUGGCAAAGCCCAGCAGCCAGCCGCGGGCGCGAAGCGGAAGGCUACGCAACAGCCGGCACGUAAGAAGUCGGGACCUUUCGAGCUCUCGGACAGCGACGCGCCGGCGUCGCGGGGCCAGCGGGAAGCGGACGACCCAGAGGAGGAAGUAGAAGAAGAAGGAGAGGAACAAGACGAAGAGGCUGAGGACGAAGGUCCGGACAAUACGAUACCGCCCGAGCUGCUGACGCGGCUGCUGCACGAGUUCUUUGAAAAGGACGACACGAGGCUCAGCAAGGACGCGAACUUGGCGGCGGGGAAGUAUAUGGAUAUCUUUGUGAGAGAGGCGAUUGCGCGUUGUGUGCAUGAGAGGCCUGGUGGCUUUCUCGAGGUUGAGGAUUUGGAAAAGAUUUCACCUCAGCUGCUCAUGGACUUCUAG